CUUAAAAAUCCCACACAACCUAACCUAAAUUUCUCAUGGAUUUUUAGAUGUAGGCAAUUCUUCCUUUCCUUUUAUAGUGAAACAAACAUGUUAGUGAAGUGUAGUUGAUAAUUACUCAUCAAAUCUAAAAGAAAAUAAUUCUUAAGAGAAUGUUCAAUGUUAAUUUAUUAACUUUUUUAUUACCCCUUUCAUUCACCCCAUUUUCUUUAUCUUUUAAUUACACCGAAAUUAAUUUACCUGAUGAACACUUACAGUAUUAUUUCUCAAGAUACCCAAAAAUUAAUGAAGAAUGCGAUCGUGAUCCAAAUUGUCCUUAUAAAGAGUUUUUAGCAACGAAUAAAUGUUGGGGUUAUGAAUACAAUUGUAAGAGAACAAACAGAUAUUCAGAACCGAUUUGUUUGGGGGAUCAUAAAGGAUGGGUGAAAACAAAAGGGGACCAAAUCGACACGUUUUACACCCAAGCUGAUUUUGGUUACAUUAAAGCUCAAUUAGAAGAAUUAAAAGUUUAUUGUGAACCACUUUUCGCUGACGAUAGCUCUUUAGAAUGUUCAGAUAACUUAAGAUUUUGUCGAGGAAGAAAUAUUAUGAUUAAUUUUACUUCAUUAGCAGCAAGAAAUGAUCCUAUUAGGUAUAAAAUGGAUGUUUUAGGGGACGGUGAUAUAGGGGGUUAUUGCAAUUUUUAUAAAGAAAAGCUAAAGAAGCAAUUAGAUCAUAUGAGCCCAUUACAAAGUUGGGCCCCUGAAAUUAAAAACUUUAAACAACUACAACAAAAACCAAUACAAAACAAUGAUUGUGAUGUUAUAAUAGAAAAACCAACUUUUAUCAUGAAAAUUGAUGCAACAGUUAAUAUGUAUCAUCAUUUUUGUGAUUUUUUGAAUCUCUAUGCUUCGAUACAUUUAAAUUCAACCAGAUUUGAUGAUUUUACCACAAACACAAACAUUUUAAUCUGGGAAACGUUUUCUUAUCGCUCUGCUUUUGAAUCGACGUUCGAAGCUUUUACAACGAAUCAAAUUUGGGAUUUAAAAACGUUUCGUGGUGACACGGUCUGUUUUAAAAACAUAGUUUUUCCUUUAUUACCUCGAAUGAUUUUUGGAUUAUACUACAACACCCCAAUUAUUUACGGAUGCGAACGUAGCGGUUUAUUUCACGCAUUUUCCAAAUUCAUUUUGCACAGAUUAAACGUUCCUUUAUAUAAACGUAAAAAUGAUAAAGUUAGAAUCACAUUUUUAUCACGAGAUACAACUUAUCGAAAGAUAAAUAACGAAAAUGAAUUAAUUAAGGCAUUGGAAAAUAUUGAAGAGUAUGAAGUGAGGAAGGUUGUUUAUAAUCGAAAUAUUGAGUUUAAGAAGCAAUUGGAGAUUAGUAGGAAUUCGGACGUUUUUAUUGGUAUUCAUGGAGCGGGGUUAACACAUUUGAUGUUUCUACCAGAUUGGGCAGCUAUUUUUGAAAUAUAUAAUUGUGAAGAUCCAAAUUGCUACAAAGAUUUGGCAAGGUUAAGAGGUGUUAAAUACUUCACGUGGGAAAAUCAAGAUAAAUUAAUUCAACAGGAUGAGGGUAAACAUCCUGAAGGUGGAGCCCACGCUAAAUUUACAAAUUACUCCUUCGAUAAAACCGAAUUUUUAAGGUUGGUUAAAAAAGCUGCAGAUCAUGUAAAGUCACAUAGAAAAUUUAACGAAUUUAUUGAGAAAUCAAGUAAAAAGUCUCAAAAAGGUGAUAAGACGACGGUUGAUGUAUUUGAUAAGAACGAAGAAACUCAAAUCAGGGAUCAAGAGGAUGAACAAACUGACGAUAAGAAAGAUAUACACGACGAAUUAUAAAUGAAAAAACGUAACUAAUAAUUUUAAUGGAAAAUAUCAAAAUCUUAAACUUAAUUCUUUUUAAUAC